AUGAAGGGCGCUCUUCUUACUGCUGCCGCGCUCCUGGGCUCUGCCCAGGCCGGUGUUCACAAGAUGAAGCUCAACAAGGUUCCUCUUGCCGACCAGCUCGCUACCAACUCCGUUGAGGACCACCUCCAGAGCCUCGGCCAGAAGUACCUCGGUGCCUCCCGCCCCAAGAAUGCUGCCGAUUACGCUUUCGCUACCAACACCGUCAACGUCGAGGGUGGCCAUCCCGUCCCCGUCUCCAACUUCAUGAACGCUCAGUACUUCUCCGAGAUCACCAUUGGUACUCCUCCCCAGAGCUUCAAGGUUGUCCUCGACACCGGUAGCUCUAACCUCUGGGUUCCUUCCCAGCAGUGCGGCAGCAUCGCCUGCUACCUCCACUCCAAGUACGACUCGUCCGCUUCCUCAACUUACAAGGAGAAUGGCACCGAGUUCGAGAUCCACUACGGAUCUGGCAGUUUGUCUGGUUUCGUCUCCAAUGAUGUUGUCUCCAUCGGCGACCUCGAGAUCAAGGACCAGGACUUCGCUGAGGCUACUAAGGAGCCCGGCCUGGCUUUCGCCUUCGGCCGCUUCGACGGUAUCCUUGGACUCGGCUACGACCGCAUUGCCGUAAAUGGCAUGGUCCCUCCUUUCUACCAGAUGGUCAACCAGAAGCUUCUGGAUGAGCCCGUCUUUGCUUUCUACCUUGACAACCAGGACGGCGAGAGCGAGGCUACCUUUGGAGGUAUCGACAAGUCCAAGUUCACUGGAGAUAUCGAGUACAUUCCCCUCCGCCGCAAGGCUUAUUGGGAGGUUGACCUCGAAGCCAUUGCUUUCGGCGAUGAGGUUGCUGAGCAGGAGAACACUGGUGCCAUCCUUGACACCGGUACCUCCCUGAACGUUCUCCCGAGCGCUCUCGCUGAGCUUCUGAACAAGGAGAUUGGCGCUAAGAAGGGCUACAACGGCCAGUAUACCAUUGAGUGCGACAAGCGCGCUUCUCUUCCUGACAUCACCUUCAACCUUGCUGGAUCCAACUACAGUCUCCCUGCCACCGACUACAUCCUCGAGGUUCAGGGCAGCUGUAUCUCUACCUUCCAGGGCAUGGACUUCCCCGAGCCUGUGGGACCUCUUGUUAUUCUCGGUGACGCUUUCCUGCGACGAUACUACUCUGUCUACGACCUCGGCAAGAACGCCGUUGGUCUGGCUCGUGCCAAGUAA